ACGCCCGGACUACAUUUCCCGCCGCCGCCCGCCCCGCCCAGGCCGCCGCGCCGGCGCCGGCGAGCCGAGUGUCUCCAAGAUGGCCGCCUGGGGAAGGAGGCGUCUCGGCCCGGGCAGCAGCGGCGGCAGCGCCCGAGAGAGGGUGAGCCUGUCGGCCACCGACUGCUACAUCGUGCACGAGAUCUACAAUGGGGAGAACGCGCAGGACCAGUUUGAGUACGAGCUGGAGCAGGCCCUGGAGGCCCAGUACAAGUACAUCGUGAUCGAGCCCACGCGCAUCGGCGACGAGACGGCGCGCUGGAUCACCGUGGGCAACUGCCUGCACAAGACGGCCGUGCUGGCGGGCACCGCGUGCCUCUGCACGCCCUGGGCGCUGCCGCUGGAUUACUCGCACUACAUCUCCCUGCCGGCCGGCGUGCUGAGCCUGGCCUGCUGCACGCUCUACGGCAUCUCGUGGCAGUUCGACCCGUGCUGCAAGUACCAGGUGGAGUACGACGCCUACAAACUGUCGCGCCUGCCGCUGCACACGCUCACCUCGUCCACGCCCGUGGUGCUGGUGCGCAAGGACGACCUGCACAGGAAGAGACUGCACAACACGGUGGCGCUGGCCGCGCUGGUGUACUGUGUAAAGAAGGUCUACGAGCUCUGCGCCGUAUGACUGCGGCCCGCCGACGUGUGCGGUUCAUAGAUCAUGGGUGUGCCAAGGGGUUUCCAGCUCGUUACACUAAGAGGCGGCUUCCCGCGGCCGGCAAGGGCCGAGGCCGCGUGGGGUGCGGUGGCGGCGCUGGCGGGGGUGCGCGCUUGGGGGGGCUUCACGUGAGCUGUUAAACUGCACCAUCCAGAGCCGACCAGAAGCUGCUGACCAUUAAAAUGAUGACAAUUUCA